AUGGCGGGCGGGCGGCGGGCGGUGACGGCGGCGCUGCUGGCGCUGGGCUCGGUGGUGCUGGCGCUGGCGGCCGCCGUUCUGCUCCGCGCCUUCGUCCUGCGAGCCCCGGCCGGGGUGCCGCGGCUCUGGGCACGGAGCGCCGGCACCGCCGCCCUCAGCGCCGGCGAGCGGCGGGAGCUCAAGGAGGCGCUGCGAGGGGCCAUUAAAAUCCCAACUGUGUCCUGGUCUCCAGAGGAUUUGAAUACAACUGCCAUGGCCGAAUUUGGGAGUUACAUUCAGAAGGUCUUCCCGGCUGUAUUUUCUUCAAAGUUCAUCCAACAUGAAAUUGUUGGCAAAUACAGCCACCUGUUUACAGUGCAGGGCUCUGCCCCUGGCCUGCUGCCCUAUAUGCUGCUGGCACACAUGGAUGUGGUGCCUGCUCCCCCCGAGGGCUGGGAUUUUCCUCCUUUCUCAGCUGCAGAGCACGAAGGUUUCAUCUACGGACGAGGAACGCUGGAUAACAAAAACUCUGCCAUUGGCAUUCUGCAAGCUCUGGAAUUCCUGCUGAGGAGGAAUUACCGACCCCGCCGCUCCUUCUACAUUGGCAUUGGCCACGAUGAGGAGGUGUCUGGGCUGAAGGGAGCAAAGAAAAUUGCAGCUCUGCUGGAAGCCAGAGGAGUGAAACUCUCCUUCCUGCUGGACGAGGGGAGCGCGGUGCUGGAUGGCAUCAUUGCAGGGGUGAAGAAACCAGUGGCUAUGAUUGCUGUCACAGAAAAAGGUUCAAUGACACUGAACUUCACAGUGGAAAAAGAGCCAGGGCAUUCAUCCUUUCCCCCUAAGGAGACAAGUAUUGGCAUUUUGGCAGCAGCCAUGUCCAGGCUGGAGCAGAAUCCCUUGCGCAACCUGUUUGGCCACGGCCCAGAGCUCCUGACCAUGGAGCACCUCGCAGCAGAGUUCAAGUUUCCUCUCAACAUCAUCAUGAGCAAUUUGUGGCUGUUCUCACCUAUUGUCAGCAGAGUCCUUGCCUGGAAACCUUCCACCAAUGCCUUGAUCCGAACAACCACUGCAGUCACCCUGUUUAAUGCAGGAAUCAAGGUCAAUGUCGUCCCUUCCUCUGCAAGAGCCACAGUGAACUUCAGGAUCCACUCAGCUGAGACAGCUGCUGAGGUGCUGGAGGCAGUCAGGAGCACCAUUGCUGAUGACAGAGUGAAGAUUGAUGUGGUGGAGGCCUUUGACCCCCUGCCCAUCAGUCCUUGGGAUGAGCAGACAUUUGCAGUCCAUAUUUUUCAAAGAACCAUCCUGGACACUUUCCCAGAUGUUGACAGUGUAGUCCCAGGCACGUGCAUUGGAAACACGGACAGCAGGCACUUCACCAACGUCACCAAGGCCAUUUACAGGUUCAACCCUCUGCUCCUGAAACAGCAUGAUCUCCCCAGGAUCCAUGGGUUGAAUGAGAGAAUCUCCAUUGAGAAUUAUGAGAAACAGGUGGAGUUCCUCUUUCAGCUGAUCAAGAACUGUGACAUUGAGACACUUCCAGAGCCCCAUGCCAACUCCCACGAGCUCUGAGACACUUCUGGAAAGAGCAGCUGCAGGUGGACUCUGGGACAGGGGCUGAAGAUGGAAUUUUGUCUUGUAUAUUGAGCUACAGCUGGAAUUUGGGUUUUUUUAUAUUGUGGUUUACAUACAGAUGGGAAAAGUGCUGGUUGUGUGAUAGGAACGUGGCCAAACCCAACAAAUAACCCUGAUUUCUGCUCUCCGUGGUCUGGUGUGCAGCCAUUAAUCUGGCACUAAUUUUUUUCAGCACUUUAAGCCUCUGAAAUUGGUAAUCACUAAAAAUCUAAGCUGUAAUCAGCAGUCACUCACACUAGAAGCUGACUCACCCUGUGUGCUUCUGACAAACUCCUUUUUUAUGGUGAAUGGAUCUUUCUCAGGUGAGGACUCUGCCAGAAGCCCACAGGGAGGGUUUGUGGUGUGGUGAAAGGGUUCCUGUCCCUGGUACAGCCACACUGAGAGGGUCUUGCACUGCUGCUGGGCACUGCUGCUUCCCAGGGCGUUCUCCCAGGGGAUUUUCCCAGGGGAUUCUCCCAAGCUGCUUCCUAGGGAUGAUCCUGGCACUCUGAGCCAGUUCAGUGUUCAUUCCCAUGGCUGCACUGAUUCCUGACUCUGUUUCCAGGUACUCCAGAACUUCCACGUUGUUGUAACUGAGGAGGUGCUGAAAACUUUCCUGUCCAUCAUUUUAGUGAUGAUUUUUGUUCCCUCCCUGGCUAAGGAUGUGUUGUGCAACUGGAUGCCAGAAUAAGGGAUUGCAGCUUUACAUAAGGAAUUAAAUCCCUGUUGUCUGCUGAUCUCUUUUCUCACUGAAUCACUUUGUGCUUCUCCUUUGCUCUUCUGAGAACUUGAUUGUGAAAGAUGUGAAGCCCUUCAGUUUCUCCCAGUUCAGAGGGCUCAGAGGUUUUUCCUUCACUGCCAGUGCAAGCAAUUUCCACUUUCCUGCUCAGUUUUUUGGGAAUCCUGGGGAAGGCAGGCCAUGGGUGUUGACUCUGCUUCAUCUUGCACUUCUUGCCUACCUAUGAAAGCACUGAAGGGUUCAGCAUUAUUUUGGCCUUGACAGUUGGGGUUACCAGUAUUAAAUAGACUAAUAAUUUAUUUAAUUAAAUUAAUUUUAUCAAUAAAUAGUUAACAAAGUGUUGUUAGCCAAAGAAAAGGCGGAAUCCUGGGGAAGGCAGGCCAUGGGUGUUGACUCUGCUUCAUCUUGCACUUCUUCUUCUAUGACAGCACUAAAGGGUUCAACAUUCUUUUGGCCUUGACAGUUGGGGUUACCAGUAUUAAUUAGACAAAUAAUUUAUUUAAUUAAAUUAAUUCUAUCAAUAAAAGUGAUGUUAGCCAAAGAAAAGGCUGAAUCCUGGGGAAGGCAGGCCAUGGGUGUUGCCUCUGCUUCGUCUUGCACUUCUUACCUACCUAUGACAGCACUAAAAGAUUCAGCAUUCCUUUGGCCUUGACAGUUGGGGUUACCAGUAUUAAUUUAGACAAUACUAGUAUUAAUUUAGACAAAUAAUUUAUUUAAUCCGUUAAAAUUAAAUUAAUUUUAUCAAUAAAUAGCUACCAAAGUGAUGUUAGCCAAAGAAAAGCCUGAAGGUGUGACAGUGGCAGUGCCUGUGCUGCAGGGACCAGUGCAGCACCUCCUGCUGCACAGUGUCUGUUUUUCAGAGCUUAAAUAAUGCACUGGAAUGGGUGGAUGUUCUGCUCUGAAUUCAUACUGUGAAAUGUGCUGGAAUGUACAGGAAAUACCCUGAAAUGUAUCCUGAAAAACACUGAUGGAACUGUGAUUCCAAUUCUUUCCGUUCUCUUAUUUAUUUGUGGUCUGAUCUUAUCACUGUGGCCAGAGGGCUCCAACUGUAUCACUGAAUAAUUGAAACAAA